AUGUAUUCAACAUUGAGUGAAGCAUUAAUAGCAUUAUUACAUCUCGAGAUCAUUGCUACAGUUAUUGUUAUUUCGGUUAUCAUUGAUUGUUCCAGGAAAAAAGAGCUAAUUGUUGAUGUGACACAGCCAUCUCUCGGAGAAAAAUCCAAAAUCAGUGUAUUCAAUAGGGACGGUGAAACUGAUAUUGAAAUGCCGUCACAUUUACAGAACUUAAAAGAAGUUGAAGAGAACAAAAAAGAAUCAAGUGAAGUGAAAAAGCUUAGUGAGAAAGAUGAGAAAAAAGAGCCGAAAUCGAAUCCGAAAUCAAAGGAAUCUGAGAAGCAACGCUUUGAUAAUGAAAAAUUAUCCGCAAGUGGUGAUAAUCAGGGUGAAGCGAUGGAAGUUAAAGAUCAAAAAUCUGAAAAGCAAAAACAAUCAUCAUAUGUUAAAGAAUCCAAUCGUGAAAAUACAGAAAAGUCAGCAGAAAAACGAAAAAGUUGGAAAUCUCAAGAGCAUAAAAACGAUAGAAUGAAUUUUAAUCAAAAUAAACAAAACGUAGCCGACGAUGAAAAAAAGAAAGAGGAAAAUGAGCAAAAGAAAAUUUUAAUACAACCGAUUUCAAAUAUGGCGAAGGUGAUGUUAUAUCUUGCAUUCGUCAUUUACUGCGACCAACAAGCCAAUCCAAAUGGCGAAAUUAUCACGGAUUGUAAAGUUGACGAGUCAUUAGAUGAUGAUCAAUUAAUAGUGAAAACGCAAGCGGACGAAUCAACACUGAUAAGUUAUGACGGAAUGCAAAAUGAAAGACUGUCUUCUAUGGAAGUGAAUCCGAUGCUAUUCCCGGUAAACAUUCUUGAUACGAUGAUGUGA